AUCCUGUUUUACUGAUCAACGUAAGUAAAAAAUACUGCCGAUGUUCGUCCUGCAAGACCGUCUGCGUUCUGGACCCCACCAGUUUCGCCAUUCAGCCCAAGGAGAUCUUCGGCUUAGUGGGCCCGGGUGGCUCCGGGAAAUCGACGCUGCUGAAGAUACUGUCUGGUGGCGCCGUCAUCACGUCCGGCACGGCCUAUCUACACGGCUGCAGCAUAAAAAAUGACGUGAGAAAU